UAGUGACGUAGAGCGGCCAUCUUGAAAAUUUCUGCAUUUCAGAAAUCUGGCCCAAGCUUUCAGUAAAUUUACCUGAUGUUAUAUCAUUUCAAAUGAAACGUAGUGGUUGAACAAAUAUAGAGGAUUAUUCUCCUUUCCAUUAAUAUCGUGUUACUGAUAAACAACCAAAAAUGAGUGCGCAAACAGGAGUGAGUAUGCACACCAGCCAGAUGAGCACUGUAUCUGCCAUGUCCAGUGAUGCCAGUCAGACAGGUCAACCUCAACUCUUAAUGCCACCAGAGCCACCCAAACCAAGCGAGGCUGCAAUGAAAUUUAUAGAUAGUAUAGAUGUUGAUGAUUUUAAAUAUCUGCUGUUUUCCGACAAUCUCGUGACCACAUCUGAUACUGGUAAAGAACUUGGUGAAUUCAAUGUUACUAUUGAGAUGACAAAACGUCUCGGUAAUGACUGCUAUCAUAUCCAUGCUAACAGUCAUGGUGCUAUAGACAGUGUACCAUGUGGAACUUCUAUCACAACUUAUGUGUCAAAGAAACUAGAAACAAUUGAGCAACAGCAUCAUGAAUAUGUGAAGCUGGAGAAUCAUCCCUUAGACAGGAAAACAUUCAUAGUGCGCCAGGAUGAUGGUUAUGUUGUAAAUAGAGUCAUCACACAGGGGGAGGAUGUGCAAAGGACAGCCCAAACUUUUUCUUUAGAUGCUAUGGCAGGGUUUGUCUCAGAAGGAUCUAAUCUUUUACUGCAGAGGCUCUUAAUAAAGAAAGGACUACCUCCUAAUUUCCAGUUAUUGUCAUUUGACUCUGAUGUGAAUCUAUGUGCUGCUGUGUAUCGCCCCCUAGAGGAGAGAACGCAGCUUGUAGGUGACCAAGAUGUUAGGGUGUCAGGAAUUGAACGAACAAUCAACUCAGUCAGUGAUCUUCCUACAGCUUGGCAAGCUUACUUUUUGAAAGAUGGGCAUUUGUCCAAUCGUGUACAGGUCGGGUCACCAGUCACAAUGAAGCUUGCCUAUCUACCUAAAGCAGUAGAAGCAGAUGAGUUUGAGGAAAAACCCAAAUUCCCAAAGAAGCCACUCAACUGGGAAGAGGAUAUGCAGCUAUAUUCCAAGUUCUUGGACAGAAAGGAGGAGUUGAAAGGAGACCAUGCUGUAUACAUGAGGCACCACCCAGAACUCAAGGCUUUAUUAGCGGACUUUUUACAAUUCCUGUUACUACGGAAACCCGAUGAUGUCAUCUCAUUUGCAGCUGAAUAUUUCUCUUCAUUUUCCGCCAACAUACCAUCAAUGGCUCCAUAUUUAAAAUCAGCUGAACCGACAAUGUUCCCAAGGAGCAAAACUAAUCCCAAGAUUCAGGACUUGAUACAGAAAAACUCCAAAGGAACAUAGUGUGCUGGU